AUGUCAUUGCACGGUAAUGAUGUUUGUUUGCUAGAAAUAGAAGAUUAUAACUUGUACGAAGAAGAAGCAUCGGAUCACGCUAUUUCCAGGAGUGAGAAACAUUCAUCAGGGAGUAAAACCAUGGAGGCAGAGAAGAGAAUCCGUCGAGAAAUAGCCAAUAGCAAUGAACGUCGGAGAAUGCAAAGUAUCAACGCUGGUUUUCAAGCUCUGAGGACAUUGCUACCACGCCAUGAAGGGGAGAAACUUAGUAAGGCUGCCAUAUUGCAACAAACUGCAGAGUAUAUAUAUUCACUUGAACAAGAAAAAACAAGACUACUGUCACAGAACUGUCAGCUAAAAAGGCUACUGAACCAACACGAGGGUGGUGAGAUACCUUUGAAGAAGAGAAAAAGUGAGAUAAUAACUCAUGUACCUUCCAUCAUACCAGACUCGACAGACGAUGCGGUAACAAACUCAAGAUCACCCGAACCUGUUGCUGUGAUAACUGUUUCAAACGUGCCACAGAAGAAAGACAUUGACAGCGGGGACUUAAAAAUUCAACUGGAAAGAGAGAAGCGACUGCGCAGACUAGUAGAAGAACGGCUUCACACACUAGAGGCUCAAAUGUAUCCGGAGGCCACUAGAGAGAUCCAACAUCCUGUGGUACCGGUUGUGCAUUUUGAACAAACUGACAUCGCUGCGGACUGCAAACAAGAAAAGGAUGAAGUAGAAUCUAAGCCCGUAGAGCCACCGAUAGUCGCCCCGCUAUUGGAAGCAGCUAUCAAAGCUGAGCCGAGGGUGGAAGUGGAAGUAUUGCCCGACGCAGCCCAGGAUGCGUCAUCUCGUUUAUACCUCGCAAGCACGAGUCGUCAGAACUUGGAGACCAUUGUGGAGGCCAUCCGACACCUUGAAGGCGAUCAUUUGUUCAGAGAGGAGUCCGGGGACGCACCGCUCGCAUUAACAAAGAAAGUCGAACGCGUCCCACCGCAGAGACCCGGCGUCAUUGUUGUGAAGCAUUCGUGA